UCCCUUCGGCUCGGCUCGGUUUCCGAUUGUUAUACCAAAAGGUCACUUUGAGGACGUUCCCGGCGCCAGCAAUUCUUUCCCCGUGUUUUGCAAAAAAAAACCGCCGUAAUGGGUCGCAAAUUUUUCGUCGGUGGAAACUGGAAGAUGAACGGCAACAAGCAGGCGAUCGACGGCAUCAUCGCCUUCCUCAAAGCGGGCCCGAUCGACCCCAAUGUUGAGGUCGUGGUGGGCUGUCCAGCCAUCUACCUGGACUACGCGAGGCAGCAAGCUCCGGACAAUGUCCAGGUUGCGGCCCAGAACGCUUACAAGGUUGCCAGCGGUGCUUUUACUGGUGAAAUCAGCCCAGCCAUGAUUUCUGACAUUGGCCUCAAGUGGGUCAUUUUGGGUCACUCUGAGCGCAGGAGCAUCUUUGGAGAAUCAGACGAGUUGGUGGCUGACAAAACCAAGCACGCCCUGGAGGCUGGUUUGAAGGUCAUUGCUUGCAUUGGAGAGACCCUGGCCGAGCGAGAGUCUGGACAGACCGAAGCUGUCGUUUUCAGGCAAACCCAGGCUAUCGCUGAUAAAAUUACCGACUGGAGCAAUGUCGUUCUUGCUUACGAACCCGUCUGGGCCAUUGGCACCGGCAAAACUGCCUCUCCUCAGCAGGCUCAGGAGGUUCACGCCAAGCUGCGCGAGUGGCUCAAAGAAAAGGUGUCACCUGAGGUUUCCGAGAAUUUAAGGAUCAUCUAUGGCGGCUCUGUAACAGCAGGAAAUGCCAAGGAACUCGGCCAGGAAGGAGACAUUGAUGGUUUCUUGGUUGGCGGUGCUUCUCUCAAGCCUGAUUUUAUCCAAAUCAUCAACGCCAAGCAGUAAAAAGCCUUGAAGGUUCCCUGCUUGCAUUUUAUUUCAACGGUGCGAAAUUCUGAACCUAUUUCUUUAUAUAUCUGAUGUUAUUUAAUUGCCAUAGAGUUUAAAUGAGCAAUGUAAUUGUUAACCGGCAAGGUACGGAGAGAAAAAAGUAUAAACGCAGUAUCUGUGGAGAUUCACAAUAAAAUCGAGUAGCUCUCAUUGUUGGAAUAUUGAAAA